GGUCUCUUAGAAGACAUGAGUUGUUACUCACUAGCUGGUGUUGUAACUCUCUUUGUGUUAUUUCUCUAUAUAUCAGAUGUAACGAGUAUGAGGACGCUGAAAAAUGUAGCUGUAAAAUAUGGAGAAUCGGUCACUAUUCCAUGUCUUUAUGAGGAACAAUACAAAACAAAUCCUAAAUUCUGGUGCAAAGGUUAUUACUGGUCUACCUGCAGCAUAGUAGCUUAUGUAAACACACAUGGAAGUACAUCGAUAACGGAUUAUCCAGCACAGAAUAUGUUCACUGUGGAAAUGAACCCCGUCUAUGAUUCUAGGUAUUACUGGUGUGCAGCAGAAUCUGGUAGUAAAUGGGACCCGGAUGACCGUGAUUAUUUGUACCUGACAGUUAAUGAAGAUCCUGAUCUGUCUGUAGUGAAGAGCAGAGUGAAAGGUGAAGAAGGUGGAAGUGUCACAGUCCAGUGUCUCUACAGUGCUGCGUAUAGGAAUACAGAGAAGUACUGGUGCAGAUUGAAAGAUAGAAGCUACUACACAGUGGGGAAGACUGACACAUCCCAGAAUUCAGCAGUGUACAUCAGUGAUAAUGGGAGAUCCUUCAGUGUGGAGAUAAGAGGACUGAAGAAGAGUGAUGCUGGCUGGUACUGGUGCAGUGCAGGAUAUCUGCAGGUUCCUGUUCACAUCAGUGUCAGUGAUCCACCUCCAGAUUUGACAGCAGUGACUACAUCAGUGAAUAAAACGGUAAAUAAAACGGUGACCAAAACGGUUGCUUCAACAGGAACCACAGCCACUCACUAUGUCAGUACUUACGCCAACACCUGUGACUGCAGUGUCUAGCAGUAAUGAAACCA